AUGUCUAUCAGUAUUGAUAGAUCACUCCAAGACGCGAUCCGAGAGUUUCAAGGUGUCCUUAGCCCAGACCAAAGCAAUCAGCUCCAAGCGAUCAAUGCUGUCCCUGAUACCGCUGCAGUCAUCACCUUUGUCGCCCAACUGGACGAGAAGAAUGCGCAAAGACGGGCUAGUGGUGUUGCAACUCGCUUGUAUACGAUUCUUGACUACAACCAUAUCGCGCCGUUCAAGCAAGCUCGCAAGAGGCGGCAUGGUAACACAGCUCAAUGGCUUACACAGUCCCAGGAGUUCAACCGAUGGAUGAACGAGCCUGGAUCAUCCGUGUUCUGGUGUUCUGGAAAGCUCGGAUCUGGGAAAACGAUACUCACAGCAAACGUCAUCAACCAUUUGUUUCUUCACAGAAAUGGCAUUGAUGUGUGUAUCGGAUUCUUCUUCUGCCGAUAUGAUGAAGCUAUAUCCCUGAAGGCAGAGGUGAUCCUUAGAUCUAUCAUCCGACAGUCGUUGGAUGCUACGAAUCUCCCUAGAGACAUUGAGGUCUCCUUAGAAGACAUUUCGCAGAGCGUGUUAUCUGGUAUCGACGAACUCCAGAGCCUUCUGCAGAAAAAGGUCGCCUUAUCUCAAGUCUACUACAUAGUCGUCGACGCAUUGGAUGAAUGCGAGAAGAGCGAACGCGACCUUGUUCUCGAUGUUCUUCAGUCCGUGAUCGCAUUAAGCCAUUCGAAGGUAAAGCUAUUUCUUGCGAGCCGAGAUAGUAUAGGUAGGGACAUCAGGAAACAGUUUCCAUCCCUGCAACAUCUAUCGAUGGGCUCUUCUGAGGCUCUGUCUGAUAUUUCUACUUACACUAGAGAAACUCUAGAUGCAAGGUUUAGUGGAGGGGAUCUAGUGAUAGGAGACCGCCAAUUACUUAAGGAGAUUCAAGAUGCGCUGAUUCAAGGCGCAGAGGGAAUGUUCCUCUGGGUAGCCUUCCAGAUUGACGACAUCUGCUCUCAACAUAGCGACGAGGAUAUCCGUCAAGCGCUAAGAAACCUCCCUAAAGAUCUAACAGAGACCUUUAACCGUGCAUUGUCUAGGAUCCUCGCUAAAGGAGACGCAAAGACUGUGAAACAAGUCUUCCGAUGGGUUGCUGCGGCAAAACGACCGCUGUCUCUUGGCGAGCUUCGUGAGGCCAUUGCCAUUGAGCCCUGCCAGCCUUAUUCCAAGCCUGAGCGACUGUUGAACGGCAUGAGCCGCGUGCCAGCAUGGUGCGAGAACCUGAUCGUAGUAGACGAAGAGGAUGAGGUUGUCCAGUUCGCACACCAUACCGUCCAGCAAUAUCUUCUGGAAAAACCCUUGGAGAAACGACUAAGCGAGUUCCACUUCCAACUACAAGACGCCGACCUCGAAGUGGGCGAGAGCUGUGUCACUUACCUCAAUUUCAACGACUUCAAAACAAAGCUCAUCCGACGGCCUAAAUUCCAGGCUCCCAUCACACCCAGCGCGAUUCUUGAAACAGCUCUAGGGUAUCGAGCGGAAUCAACAGUUGCAACAUCCUUGUUCCAGUCAGUUGUUUCAAGACGUCGUCAAAAGACAACUAAGGUCGAUGUAGCGCAGAAAUUAGCUUGCUAUGGUGAAGGCAACAACGAAAACUUACCGGGAAAGCUUCAGCUGGAGCAUCCGUUUCUUGAUUACGCAUCAGAAAACUGGCUUUUGCACACUACCAACUUCGAGCACGGUAAAUCCAAGACUUGGAGCCUAUGGACACAAAUGUUGCUGGAUGAGCAGAGCCUUGGCCAAACCCCAUGGACUCAUGAGCAGUUCAUCAGUCGCGAUCUCGAAGUUGGAAAAUGGAUCUGUGAUGAAAAUCAUAGCGCUUUAUUGCGCCUCAUUCAGAGCAGUGACAGAAAGUUUCCAGUGGAAGAAAGAAUGUAUUUCAUAAGGUACAUGUCUAUGAAAGGCAACCUGACGCUUUAUGAGCACUUCUCUUCCUCGGAACUCGCUGCAGUGCUUCAGGGAGCAUGUGAAGCAGGUCAUUUCAAGAUUGUGGAUAAACUGUUAGCAGCAAAGGCUGAUGUGAAUGCUGUUGGUAAGCAUGGUCGAAAUGCAUUACAAACAGCAGCUCAGGCAGAUCAUGUUGAGAUUGUGGAUAAAUUGUUGGCAACAAAGGCUGAUGUGAAUGCUGUUGGUGAGUAUGGUCAAACUGCAUUACAAAUAGCAGCUCAAAGAGGCCAUGUUGAGAUUGUGGAUAAACUGUUGGCAGCAAAGGCUGGUGUGAAUGCUGUUGGUGAGUAUAGUCAAACUGCAUUACAAGCAGCAGCUUCUAAAGGUUAUAUUGAGAUUGUGGAUAAGCUGUUAGCAGCAAACGCUGAUGUGGAUGCUGUUGGUGAGUAUGGUCAAACUGCAUUACAAAUAGCAGCUCAAAGAGGCCAUGUUGAGAUUGUGGAUAAACUGUUAGCAGCAAAGGCUGAUGUGGAUGCUGUUAGUGAUUAUGGUCAAACUGCAUUAUAA